AUGUUUGCGACGCUCGUUGUCGUUCUCUUUUCUACUUUUCACGCGUCUGUUGUCGCGCAGUCUUCACCUUCUGUCAUAUGCAUUGCGGGACAAUGUCUUCAGGGUUAUUCGAACACGACUCUUGGUGCAAAGCUAUCGGCUUCUGGGGCCUCAGCCAGCGUUCAACUACUACCAGGUCAAUACACGACAACGACGAACCCCCAAUUACUCCACUCACUACUGACCUCGUCGUCUGCCACCCUCAACUCCUCUCCUGGCUUCAAUGCUGAGUCGGAAGUCUCUCUGCCACUCAACCUUGCCCUCCAACCAGGACUCGCCAUCUAUGCACAAUCGCUUUACUCGGGACAGUCAGGCUUUUCGGGGCUACCCUCCGAACCUAUGGUCAACGUCUCGACGCCCCUUCCUGCGAGCUCAAUAGCGCUGUCAAACAACAUUUGGGUCGCGGUGACGUCUGGAGCGAACAAGGAACGUACGGUUCUGUGGGACGCCAUUCCGGACAUCUCCCAACUUCCCGGCUCAACCUCAGCAGGCGGCCUUUCGCUCGUCGAUGUUCAAUCAUCGGCCUGUUCGCCCCCAUGCUCGGGCUCAGGUGUAUGCUCCGCCUCUGGGACGUGCACCUGCCCGCCUGGGUUCAGCGGCUCGUCGUGCGAGUCCUGUGCGGAAGGAUUCUUCGGACCUACGUGUCAAGCCUGCCCGGAGGGAUGUGCGUCGUGUGACCAGGGUAUUUCGGGAACAGGACGCUGUCUGACACCGCUGGUGACGAACGCACCGUCGACGUGUAAUUGUUUGAAUGGCCAGUGCGGAUCUAACGGACAGUGUACGUGCAACCCUGGCUGGACGACCGCGGAGAAUGGAACAGCGUGUGCUAAGUGUGCGUCUGGCUUCUUCCUUGAUUCGGCUGGAGAUUGUCAAGUCUGCCAACUUGGGUGUGAUCAGUGCGACGAUGAUACUGCGACAUGCCUUUCUUGCAAGCCAGGGUUCACCCAAAAUGCCAACGACAAGUCGAAAUGCGACCCUCUACCCAGUGUAAGAAACAAUGGCCAGCCCUGUCCGGACGGCAGCUUCAGCUCCGGAGCUGAGUGCAGUCCAUGUUCUGCCGCAUGUCGCACAUGCAACGGUCCAACUUCGAAUGACUGCAUCGUCUGCGCAACUGGGACAUACCUCUUUAACGGCAACUGCGUUGGAGCGAACACAGACGGCGUGUGUCAAGGGACGAAUGGGAUGAUUGCGGACAACAACAAGCGUGAAUGCGAUACUUGCGGAGCCAAAUGUACUUCAUGUCGGAUCCCCAACUUUAGCGUUGCAUCGACAGUCGAUCAGCUCCAAUGCACGGGUUGCCUGCCUGAGUUCGUCCUUUCGGAGGGCAAGUGCGUCGAGAGCUGCCCCGUAGGCACCUUUGUAUCUCAGGACAAUCUCACUUGCACUCCCUGCUCCUCGUCUUGCGGUACUUGCGCCGGGUCCGCCAAUUUCUGCCUAACCUGCACAGGUGGCCAGCUCGCCUCGAAUGGACAAUGCGUCUCGACUUGCCCCUCCAACACCUUCGCUUCCUCAUCCUCAAAUCCCGGCUCUUGCACCCAAUGUCAUCCAGAUUGUGCAUCUUGCUCAGGGUCCUCAUUUAACCAAUGCACCUCCUGCCCUCCAUCGCGUCCGGUCCUCUCCAACGGCCGGUGCCUCCCCACCUGCGCCAAGUCGCAGUACUUCGACCGCACGACCUCUUCGUGCCAGACCUGCGACUCGAGCUGCUCGAGCUGCUCCGGACCUAGAUCGAGCAACUGCCUCGCGUGCUCGAGCUCUACACAGGUCCUCCGGGCGGGUGUAUGCGUCGAUGCCAACUGCCAAGGCUCGACGAGUGUCAUUCCUGGGUUGGGCGUCUGCCUCUCGGAGUUGGUGCAGGUGCCUACACCCGAUGGGACGGGCACCGCCGUCCCGUUGCCUACGGUUACGGGCCUGACGGACCCAACGGACGCUGGGGGCAAGAAACCGCUGGAGUGGUGGCAAAUCUUGUUGAUGGCGCUUGGAUGUGCGUUUAUCUUCGUCAUGUUCUUGAUGUGCUGGCGGAGGAGGGCGAGGAAGCAAAGGAAGCAGCAGACGAAGCUCUUCGCAAGCAUGAAGAGGCUGGAUCGUCCUCGUACCUGGAAGGAGAGGCUGGUCAGGUUUGGAGAGAGGUUCUUUGGUCAUCGGGAUCGGAUGAUGUUUGGGAGGAGAAGGCAAGCGGAUGUCUUGCCGACCGCAUACACCUACGAUCGUCAAGAGAGGCCAAGGAGUAUGGUGACUAAUGAGUAUGGUCAGGACAUGAAGAUGACCAGGAUCGCUAGUCCGACGGGAAGCAAAGAACCUCGCUUGCUGACGAAGUCAAAGCCCGAGACCAAGAUCAACAUGACUGCCAACCCUAUCGCGAAGCGCGAGACCAUCGACGAUGUCGACGAGCUCAUCGACGCUUACGACUACUCCCGGCACUCUGUUGUCUCCAGCCGCCGGCCGCCAUCCACCCUACCCGACCUCGAAGAACGUCGUCACAACUACACCCAGAACCAACGGCGCCGACUCGAGCACGAUUCUUUGUACGAGGAGGUAACGGGCAAGCAGCGGAACACGCCUGAGCCUCGCCAGCCUCUGCGCAGGGAGCUUUCUGGUGCCUCCAUGUUCUCAAGUGCCAGGAGCUUGAGGCUCGCUGGUGCCGGAACUGAGCUCAGGAAAAACGUCACCGGAGGAACACGGGAAGGCGUCUUGGUUGAUCUCGAGGACGAUGGGAGGAACCCACCGCAGCUUCAGCUGCCGUUGCAGAUGGUCAACUCUGGCACGCCGGUACCUCAGCCUACCGAUGCUCAAGUAUAUGCGAUGUCUGUCCGACCUGAGCUCGUCGGUGUUCCAUCUCAGCCGCAAGCUCAAGCUCAAGCGCCGCCCCAGCUUCCGACUUUCUCCCCCAUUGCUAUUGCGCCAACGGGCCCGGGCUUCCUGCCUAUUCCAGUGACGUUGACGCCUAACACGACGGGCGGGCAAGGAUCGUAUUGGCUUACGCCUGUCGCUCCGAAUGCGGCGGGUGGUAGCUUGCAGAUGCAAGUGCCAUUCCAGCAGCCUCAGCCGCAGACGUCACUGUUCCAGCAACAUCCCCAGCCGACAUUCGACACGGUCGUCCUGCAACCGACACACACUGGCGGCUCGGGCUCACGGAAUCCUUUCCGCCAAGGGGUUACUAAUUGA